AUGAGUAUCAACUGGGUCACAGUUGAAAAUGGAUCGCCUCUGGAAUUGCCUGGAGAACGGUUCCAGUUCCAGAAAUUCGGAGCUGCUAUUGAAUUAUGGCAUCCGCGACCGGUUCCAGGUCAGACAGCCACCACGAGAAUCUCGUCGAACCGAGGCACUAUCUACGUGAGCAACAAACGAGUCGUCUUCCAUCCGCAAUCGCCUCAUAACUUCACAGUUGUAGGCCGUGGAGACCGCGAAUUCAGAUCAUUCGCAUGUGAUCUCGCCAAAAUGUACCAAUGCCAACUGGUCCAACCGUGGUUCGGAGCCAACUACUGGCAGGCCGAUAUCGUGCCCACAAAGGUCAACGGCGGUCUAGAACCCGAUUCGGAUCUCUGGAAACUCAAAAUCGUGUUCAAAGAAGGCGGCGUCUUCGACUUCACCGAAGCAGUCAGCAAAGCCCAAGCCGAGGCCCGCCAUCUCCAGCAAGACGGGCUUGACGAAGCCCUCCCAGCCUACUCAGAACUUUCCUAA